AUGGCAACGCUCGAGUUCUUCUGCAACCGGCUCUCCAUUGUUGCUCUCAUGGAGCUCUCCACCUACCUCUCACCGCCACCACUCCCCUCCUCGCCAGCUGGCACAACAAGCGCAGCUCCUAUGCCUCCCACUGCUAACCUCCCGGCCCCUGCUCUCCCGGCUGCUGCUUCCGCUGCUGAUAUUGGCAGCCCUGGGAUGGAAGGCAGGAGCAACAGGGGAGGGGAUGAAGGGAGGAAGGGAGAGGGUGUGGAGGAGAAGGGGGAGCGGGAGGGGCAGAUGGGGCGGGAGGCGGUGAAGGGGUUGUUGGGGCGGGGCAAGGCGCGGGUGGUGUUUGGGCUGCACAUGGCCAUGCAGCACGCACGCGUCUUCCUUAACCUUGAGGACGGCAGACAGCUUGCCAUGCUGGAACAGGAGAGGCUGAGCGUGCAGGUCAAGGUAUUUCCGGCAUCGACACGUGUCAACGCCUCAUUGGGCAAUCUGCGGCUGUGCAACCUGCAGCUGCCACCAUCACACCCCUGGCGAUGGUUCUGUGACCUGCGGGACAAGCAGAGCGCCUCGCUGGUUGAGAUAGAGUACAACUCAUACAACCCGGACGACGACGACUAUGAGGGCUUUGAGUACAGCAUUGAUGGCAAGCUGUCCGCUGUGCGCCUCAUCUUCCUCUACCGCUUCGUGCAAGAGUUCAUGGCGUACUUCUGGGGGCUGGCUGCGCCGGGGGUGCGGCAGGAGAUGGUGGUGCGAGUGGUGGACGCGGUGGGCGGCAUCGAGCGGCGCAUCCAGCAGUGGGAGGUGGCGGGCAGCAGCGGCAUCCGCUACAACGUCUCCCUUGACGCGCCCAUCCUCAUUCUGCCUCGCACCACCGACAGCCAAGAGUUCAUGCAGCUGGGGCUGGGGCACAUGGGCAUCCGGAGCAGCGUGGAGUGGCGUGGUGGCAAGUCCAUUGAGGAUGCCGGUGCUGUGCGCUGUGAUGUGAUUACAGUGGAGAGUCGAGACGUGAGUCUGCUGGUGGGAGCGGAGGGUGUGGCGGGGGCGGCCAUGAUAGAGCGCAUGGCGGGGCUGACACUCACCAUCCAGCGCCAACUCAGAGACCUCUUCAAGAAGCUGCCCACCUACCAGUUCCACAUCCACAUGGGCGAGCUGAGGGUGGUGAUGAGCCACCGCGAGUACCUCAUCAUCUGCGACUGCCUCUUCGCCAACCUCGCCGAGCCCCCUCAGCCCCCACCCUACUUCCGCCUCCCCCCGCCGUCCACCUCCUCGUCCACCCAGCCCUCCCAUCCCACUCCCUCCGCCCAAGUCACGAGCCCCACCUCUCUGUCGUCCCCGCGCUCGCCCACGCCUCCAUCCUCGCCCCCUCCUACUACUGUUGUGGCUGGCGGACAAACGGGCGAGGGCAAGGGUGCGCAGGGGGCACAAGGGGAAGGCGGGCAGGGGAGGGCAGGCGAGGUGGCGAAGGCGGGAGGGGCAGGAGGGGCGGGGGCAGCAUUCACGUACUUCAGAGUGCUGGUGGACGUGCAGCACGUGCAGAUGGAGCUCUUCACCGGCCACACCCGCGACUCCUCCCUCGCCCUGCUGCAGGUCCGUGCACUGCCUCGCCCUGCUGCAGGUCCGUGCACUGCCUCGCCCUGCUGCAGGUCCGUGCACUGCCUCGCCCUGCUGCAGGUCCGUGCACUGCCUCGCCCUGCUGCAGGUCCGUGCACUGCCUCGCCCUGCUGCAGGUCCGUGCACUGCCUCGCCCUGCUGCAGGUCCGUGCACUGCCUCGCCCUGCUGCAGGUCCGUGCACUGCCUCGCCCUGCUGCAGGUCCGUGCACUGCCUCGCCCUGCUGCAGGUCCGUGCACUGCCUCGCCCUGCUGCAGGUCCGUGCACUGCCUCGCCCUGCUGCAGGUCCGUGCACUGCCUCGCCCUGCUGCAGGUCCGUGCACUGCCUCGCCCUGCUGCAGGUCCGUGCACUGCCUCGCCCUGCUGCAGGUCCGUGCACUGCCUCGCCCUGCUGCAGGUCCGUCGCUCCCGUGCUCUCCCGCAGAUCGAGGGGCUGUGGGUGGAGUACCGAACAACCAGUGCGCGGGAGAUGGAGGUGAUGCUCUCACUGCCCACCAUGGCCAUCAUCGACCGCCGCGCCGCCACGCGCCAGGAGCUGCGCCUCAUGAUGGGCUCCGCGCUGCACGCCCACUCCCAUGCACCGCCCGCCCCCCCGGGGCACGGCGAAGUGCCGGCAGGGGUUAAGGCAGGGGGGGCGGCAGAUGAGGGAAGAGGGCGCCAGAUGGGGGGAGGGUCACCGCCAGUGGCGCUGAGCAUGGUGGUGCUGAACUACUCCACUCGCCCCGCUGCGCGCGCCGUGGUGCUGCGCUUCCAGCGGCCUCGCGUGCUGGUGGCCCUCGACUUCCUCCUCGCCGUCACCCACUUCUUCUUCCCUUCGCUCGCUGCCUCCUCCGGCAACGACACUGACAGGGACGAGCGAGACGACCCUGCCAGCCUGGCGCAUGCUGUGGUGCUGACAAGUGGCACGACGCGACAAGCGAAGGCGGUGGUGACGGUGUCACCGCAGCGGCAGCUGAUAGCGGAGGCGGCGGGGGUGGACGAGUACGAGUACGACGGGUGCGGGGGGGUGCUGCGCCUCCUGCCCUCUGAUGCCCAGGGGGGCACAGCCGUGCCGGCGGGCAAGCAGCAGGGCGAGGGCGUGGCGGGCGGGCCGGUGAUAGUGGUGGGCAACGGGAAGCACCUGCGCCUCAAGAACAUCACUGUGGAGAGUGCGUGGGCGUGGGAGCAGAGUGUGUACCUGGGGUGCGACAGCAGCUUCACUGCCGACCCUGAGGACGGGGUUAUCUGGCGCCACACCCCCCUCGCUCCUGGCCCCAACGCUGCUGGGGGCGCAGGCAGCAGAGAGAGCAGCGGGGCGGAGGCAGGAGGUGCAGGGGUGGGUGGGGAGGCUGAGGUGCCUCCGGAGCAGACCUCCUUCUCCUUUGACCUUCAGGUGCGCGGACUGUACCUUCAGGCGGUGGGGCCGGAGCUGACGUUCUACGACAGCACCAAGUGGCCUGCCGGCAUCCCCUUCCGCCCUGAGAGGAUUCUGCGCGCCUCCUUUGACGUCAGCCUGCUGUAUGCGGCCAAGGGCGCGGACACGUGGGUGAAGGGGACGGUGCGCGGGCUGCUGGUGGAGACGGCAGCGGGGCUGGCGGUGGUGGAGCCGGUGGACGCCCACUGUGAGCGCGAGUGCGUGGCCGGCAAGACCUCCCUCGAGCUCGCCUGCACCGAUGUGUCGCUGCGCCUGCCCUUCCACUCGCUGCGCCUGCUGCACCGCCUGCACGCCGACACCGCUGCCGCCCUCAAGCUGGGCGGCGGGCCCGUGGCGGCACAGACUCACAGGAGGGAAGGGAAGGAGGGGAGGGCGAGCAGCCCAUCACGCUGUGGCGGCCCUGUGCGCCUGCAGGCUAUGCCAUCCUGGGCGACUGCGCCACGGUGGGGUGAGCCCAUCAUAGCUGAUCUGAGUUUCCCUCAGCUGUUAAUUAUUUGGGGCACUCACCACUGCGUGUUGCCCUCAUCUGCACUGCGUGUUGCCCUCAUCUGCACUGCGUGUUGCCCUCAUCUGCACUGCGUGUUGCCCUCAUCUGCACUGCGUGUUGCCCUCAUCUGCACUGCGUGUUGCCCUCAUCUGCACUGCGUGUUGCCCUCAUCUGCACUGCGUGUUGCCCUCAUCUGCACUGCGUGUUGCUGUCCUCCCUCUGCACCUUGUCUCCAUGCUGCCCUGCCAUCUUCUUUUCUUCUUCACCUCCGCACAUCUUCUCUUGUAUUUCCACCCCACCCACCACCCCCUACGUGUGUGGGUGCCACACAUGGCAGGGCGGCGCCACCAGAGCACGCGGUGCUGGCGGUGAGCACGGCCUUCAGGCGUGUCAAGCGCCCCCUCGGCUUCUCCCUGCUCUGGUGCUCCCACGCGCCCGCUGCCGCCCCAGCACAGGAGGCAGCGGACGUGGCAGCGGGCGGGGAGGGAGGGGACGACACGCACUGCCGCAUCUGGCUGCCGCUGGCGCCGCCCGGCUAUGCUGCGCUGGGAUGCGUGGCGGCCGUGGGGCGAGCGCCGCCACACGUGUCCACGGUGCACUGUGUGCGCUGCGACCUGCUCACGCCCUCCUCCCUCAGCGACUGCAUCUUCUACCGCCCGGGUGCCAGGUCGCCUACGAGUGACGCUAGCGGCACGGAGCGGGGUGGCAACACCGGGGGCGGGGCGAGCAUGUGGGUGGUAGGCAACUCCAUGCGCACCUUCUUCGCCUGCCAGGGCACGGCCCCGCCACCACCCGCCGUGCUGAGGGACCUGCGGGAGGAUCUGCGCUUCCACCCCGCCACCACCGCACCCGACCCUGAUGACACCGACCCAGAAGCUUCCUCUCACUCCCCCACCUCCACGUCGCUCACCUGCGUGCCUUCCGGGCGGUUAGAAUCGCUCGCCCGCCUGCCCUCCUCGCGCUUCCAACCGCCCCUCGCUGCCUCCGCCUCCGCUCUGGCUGGUGCGGCGGGGGCGGCGGCGCGGCCAUUCGUGCCGGCGGCGAGCUUUGAGCGCGUGUGGUGGAGCAAGGGCGCGGCGGGCGUGACAAGCCACGUGAGCUUCUGGCGGCCGGUGGCAGUGCCGGGCUAUGCCAUGCUGGGCGACUGUGUGGCGGACGGCUUCGACCCACCUGACGCGGGGCUGCUGCUGCUGGACGACCUGGACUCGGGCCGCGUGGCGGCGCCCCUCAGCUUCCUGCACAAGCUCACCCUCGCCGCACCCGCCUGGCCAGAGGAGGCCUCCGUAUGGUUCCCCCUGGCGCCGCCCGGCUACGUGGCGCUGGGCUGUGUGGUGACGCGCGGCCGCGAGCCCCCUUCUGCCGGGCUGGGUGUGCGCUGUGUGCGAGCUGACCUGCUGGCGCCCAAGGGCUUUGCAGGCCGGCCGGCAUGGACUGUUGGUGUGCCGCCCAAAGGAGAGUCCAUCGCCAGCUUCUGGCCCGUCAUCAACCAGGUGGGGCGGUGGGAGUGGGGCGGUGGGAGUGGGGCGGUGCGGUGGGAGUGGGGCGGUGAGAGUGGGGGUGGGGCGUGUUGCAUGUUUAACUGA